UAGUCGUCCAAUCAGAGCGCUGCUUUGGCCGCACUUCGCCUACAGCGACGGUCAGACGUGUAACUCAUAUAGAGUUGGAAGAAAUAACAGGCGAAAAAUAAAAGGCAGAGGUGUGUGUAUGUGUGUGAGAGCGGAGGGAGGCUGCACUGGGAGCAGCUAUGGGUGAGAUCGAGGGCUCCUACCGCUCCUUGCAGACCCCUGCUGGAUCUCGACUCGGGGGUCAGCACAACACCGGCAUCAGCACCCUGGAGCCUGGCCAGAGCCUCAGUUCUGCCAUGGGGGCUGGGGGAAAGGGCCACAACAAGGGCCUGCAGAUCCGCGUUCAGGGCCUGGAUGAGGCUCAGGAGUUCUAUGAGCUCGAGUCAAAAGCGGAUGGGCAACUUCUUCUUUCUGACGUGUUCAGACGGAUCAAUCUCAUUGAGAGCGAUUACUUUGGUCUGGAGUUCCAGAACCUGCAGAUGAACUGGGUUUGGCUGGAUCCCUCCAAGCUCAUAGUGAAGCAAGUGAGACGGCCAAUGAACACACUCUUUCGGCUGUCAGUAAAGUUUUUUCCUCCAGAUCCUGGUCAGCUGCAGGAGGAGUUUACUCGGUACUUGUUUUCUCUGCAGAUAAAGAGGGAUCUAUUAGAUGGCCGACUGAGCUGUACAGAAAACACUGCUGCCCUGCUUGCCUCUCAUUUGGUGCAAUCUGAGAUCGGUGACUAUGAUGACUUGGCAGACAGAGAGUUUCUUAAGAUGAAUAAAUUGCUGCCGUGUCAGGAACAUGUGCAAGAAAAGAUCAUGGAGCUCCACCGUAGACACACUGGUCAGACCCCAGCAGAGUCAGAUUUCCAGGUUCUGGAGAUCGCUCGCAAACUGGAAAUGUUUGGGGUCCGCUUUCAUCCUGCCGCUGACCGAGAAGGAACCAAGAUCAACCUGGCUGUAGCACACAUGGGCCUGCAGGUCUUUCAGGGCCACACCAAAAUCAACACCUUUAACUGGUCCAAGAUUAGGAAGCUGAGCUUCAAAAGGAAAAGGUUUCUAAUUAAACUGCACCCAGAAGUUCAUGGUCCUCAUCAGGAUACACUGGAAUUUCUAAUGGGCAGUCGAGAUCAAUGUAAGAUCUUCUGGAAGAACUGUGUGGAGCAUCAUUCGUUUUUUCGGCUACUAGACCAGCCCCAGCCCAAAUCCAAAGCCAUUUUCUUCAGCAGAGGAUCCUCCUUCAGAUACAGUGGGAGGACACAGAAACAGCUUGUUGAGUAUGUGAGGGACAGCGGGUUGAGAAGAACUCCUUACCAGAGGAGAAACAGUAAGAUUCGCAUGUCGACGCGUUCCUUGGCUUCUGAUGUGCCAAAACAGAAUCUGUCUUUUAACGACAGCCUGAGGACUCACAUACCUCCUUCCUCCAUCACCGCCUCCUUCCAGUCUCUGCAUGCCCCCAGCGUUUCUAUGAGGGCCGAGACCCCAAACCAGCUUUUGCAUCUUCAUCAGACGCAGCACCAGCCUCUCAGAGCCCCCAGCCCAAUGAAGCAGGACCCCAUCAAGACCAACUCCCAAUCCACCUACGCCUUCCCAGACUCCAUUGCCAUUGACAGUCCUCAACUCUCUCCAUUCAACGACAAGGGUCCUUUGUGUCUGUCACCCUCCUUCCAGAUGUCCACCCUCAGUCUUCCAGGCCAGGCACCGUCACCCCUGCAGAGCCCCAUCUUGAAUGAGGUGGGAACUGCCAGACUAGACGAAGACGAAGAGGGCAGGAGGAAGAGAUAUCCAACAGACAAAGCCUACUUCAUUGCAAAAGAGAUUCUGACAACAGAGCGGACUUACCUGAAGGAUUUGGAGGUCAUCACAGUGUGGUUCCGCAGUGCAGUGAUUAAAGAAAAUGCAAUGCCUGAGGGACUCAUGACCCUCCUGUUCUCCAACAUCGACCCAAUCUAUGAGUUCCACCGAGGCUUUCUCAAAGAAAUUGACCAAAGGCUGGCGCUCUGGGAGGGGCGCUCUAACGCUCAUGUAAAAGGAGAUUACCAACGAAUCGGAGAUGUAAUGCUGCGCAACAUGUGUUCUUUGAAGGAGUUCACCGGUUACCUGCAGAAGCACGAUGAGGUGUUAACCGAGCUGGAGAAGGCAACCAAGCGUGUGAAGAAGCUGGAGACCGUGUAUAAGGAGUUUGAGCUGCAGAAGGUUUGCUACCUGCCGCUAAACACCUUCCUGCUGAAACCCAUCCAGAGGCUCAUGCACUACAAACUGAUCCUGGAGCGUCUGUGUAAACAUUAUUCACCCCAGCACAGAGACUACGAUGACUGCAAAGAGGCCCUGAAAGAGGUUGCAGAGAUCGCUACACAGUUACAGAGCAGUCUGAUUCGACUGGAAAACUUCCAGAAGCUGACAGAACUUCAGAGAGACCUGAUUGGCAUUGAGAACCUUACAGCUCCUGGAAGAGAAUUCAUCAGGGAAGGCUGUCUUUACAAGCUCACCAAGAAGGGUCUCCAGCAGAGAAUGUUUUUUCUUUUUUCAGACAUGCUGCUGUACACAAGCAAAGGGGUCACUGCAACCAAUCAGUUCAAAGUUCAUGGGCAACUUCCUCUGCAUGGGAUGAUUCUCAUUGUGCUGGACGCUCCUGUUGAGGAGAGUGAGAACGAAUGGUCUGUGCCGCACUGUUUCACCAUCUAUUCUGCUCAGAGGACCAUUGUGGUGGCAGCCAGCUCCAAGGUAGAAAUGAACAAGUGGAUUGAAGAUCUGAACAUGGCUAUUGAGAUGUCCAAGAAAUGCCAGGAGAAAUCAGACGUCCUGCUGGACCCGAGUCUGUGCGAUCGCUCCAACAGAUCUUCAGAUGAGGUUUCUCUGGAGCAGGAGUCAGAGGACGACAUGAACUCGUCCCGCUGCUCGCUGGACAAGCAGAGUCACCACAGGGCCAACACCACCAUGCAUGUGUGCUGGCACCGCAACACCAGCGUCUCCAUGUCUGACCACAGCCUCGCCGUGGAGAACCAGCUGUCUGGUUAUCUUCUGAGGAAGUUCAAGAACAGCAACGGCUGGCAGAAACUAUGGGUUGUCUUCACCAACUUCUGCCUGUUCUUCUAUAAGACGCACCAGGAUGAUUUCCCUCUGGCCAGUCUGCCUUUGCUGGGAUACACAGUCAGCACUCCUGGGGAAUCAGACAGCAUUCAUAAAGAAUACGUCUUCAAGCUCCAGUUCAAAUCCCAUGUUUACUUCUUCAGGGCAGAGAGCGAGUACACAUUUGAAAGAUGGAUGGAGGUGAUCAAAAGUGCAGCGAGCGCCACGGGACGCAUGAGUUUGCUCGUACCCAAAGGCCCAGCAGAGGUGAACGUUGGGAACUAAGUGUGAGACUGAUGUCCUGGAGCUGAGGGCUGGGCCCGCUGUUUUCAGGAACAAAACCUCAUCAGUUUAUCCUUUCUGACUCUGUGGGGCGUCAUCAUAACUUAAUUCUUCACUCUGGACUGUUUGCUCUGCUUUGCUCAACCUCGGACUGAAGAUAAUGGUCAACGUUUUGAUGUUCAGUAACUCGCCCAACAUUUCUCUUUCUUGUGUUCUCGAUAAUGAAACACAAAGUGUGCAUCUGGCAUUUUAGAACCACAUUAGACUGAAAUAAUUCUUGUAGAAAUGCAAUCGACUGAAUUAAGUUAUGUUUGUGCGUUUUCCUUAAAGAUCCAGAUAAUCUUGCUAAUGCUACACUUGCUGUAUUGAUGUUUUUAAGGUCUUCGCUGAGAGGAAUCUGUCAUUAGGAUGAGAUUCAAUUUCAGGACUCUUGUUUAUUCAGUAGAAAUCUAGUCCCGUUAACUAAAAAAUCCUGGGACAACAUGAUUGAAAACUACUGAAGGAGAGUUGACAAACGGAGGGUUUGUAUGAAGUCCAGCUGGUGCGGUAAGUGAGAUGAAGGACUGGAGCUGUCAAAUGUGUCUAACUGAUCUUGAAACAAUAUAAAGGUCAGUGAGCAUGUUUACAGGCUUGUGUAGCUCAUAAACUGGAGUUGUAUGAUCGAGUGCCUUCGCCCAUUUAAAGGUCCGAGGGUGAGAUGUUGGUACAGGGAGGAAGCUUUAUUUUGUCGAUGAGACGGCCGUUUUGUUGAAUGGCGUUUUGGCAGAGCAGGUCAAAGUAAGUCUUUGAAGGUCAUUAUUAGGUGACUGUUACUAUUUAGAGGAUUGGCUUUUGUUGAACUCUAAAAAUUAAUCAGAUAUUUAUUUUUCUGUUAAGACUGACCAAAAAAAAAAAUUCUAACCAAACUAAACGUAUUUUUGUUUAAAUGAUAUAUUCACAAAUGUCACUAGUUUUGAUUUUUCUUUUAAUUUUUUUUGUGAAUAAUAGGCUCUAAACUGCUCAAUAAUGGGGGUAUGAUGGUCAUUCACGGUGUAAUAUUGUACUUUUUCAUUUAUGCACAGGGACGAUGAAGUGGUUCUGGUGAAGUUAAAGUUUAGUUACGGUUGAAGUUUGCAAAUUUGAGUCAAAGAUGUUCUUCAGAAGCUAAAUCCUAAAGUUUUGGGAAGCAGCAGACUAAAUCUGCCAGCUCCCUUUUAUUAUAUUGUAUAUGUGUUUUUAAACCAUAUUAAUAAUUUACAAGUUUACAAACAAUAUUUGUGUGAACUAUAUCUAUAGGAGUCCGUUUUCACCACAGGAUUAAAAAAGUUAAAAAAAAAAAAUGUAAUCGCUGUCAUUUUUAUCUGACAAUAUUGAGUGUAUAUGUUACGAUUUAAAAAAUACAUGUAAAAAAAAAGUGACAUAAGAUAAUAAAAAAAAACAUUCUGACAUUUUUCUAGAUUUGUGACUUGUAAAUUCAGGCAAUUCUGACUUUUUUCUUUAAACAGCAACUUUAUUUCUAUCAUUUGCAAACUUUUAGGCUUUCUCACCAUUCUGAGCUUAUGUCUUGUAAUUCUGACCAUUUUAUUUAUUUAAAUCUGUGACUUUUAUUUUAUUUUUUUUAGGUUCUAUUCUGAGUUUCUAUUUUUUCUCUUAAUUUCUUUAAUUUUCGAUUAUUUAUUUAUUUUUUUAUUCUGAGUUUCUCUCUUGAAAUAGUGACUUAUUUUCUUAGAAAUUGCAGCUAUAUUUUUCCCAUUUAUGUGUGUCUAAGGUUUCUUGCUAUUCCGAGAUUAAAUCUUUUAAAUUCUCACUUAUUUUCUAAGAUUUGCAACUUUUAUUUCUCUCAUUUGUGAUUUUUUUUUUUCUAUUCUGAGCUUCUCUCUUGAAAUGCAGAUUUUGUUCCCUUAAGAAUUGCAGCUAUAUUUCUCUCAUUUGCGGCUUUUUUCAUUUAUACCUGUUCUGAGUUUCUCUCUUGAAAUUCUAUUUAAUUUUUUAUUAAGAAUUGCAGUUAUAUUUCUCUCAUUUGUGAGUGUUUAAGGUUUCUCGCUAUUCUGAGCUUAUAUCGUUUUAAUUCUCACUUAUUUUCUAAGAAUUGCAAGUUUAUAGACUUAUUUGGCAUUUUAGAAACAUAAUUCAUAGUUAUUAACACGUAACUCACAAUUCCAAGUAAGCCUAUAAACUCGCAAAUGAGAGAAGAAAAAAAAAGGUUUUUUAUUCUGUGGUGAAAACAGCUUUUGUUGAUAUCUAACAUAUAAACACGUUACGUUCUCUUUUCAUUUGAAGGCCAGUUUGUCAUUUGUAGUAGCAUGACGAAACCGAGUUGGACAGCAUUUAUUUUGUGACAGCAUUACCAGUGUUUACUUAUCGCCUUCACUUUACGAUGACAUAUCUGUAUGGAAUCUGAUUUGGGAGAUUAUUGAUUGUAUUUAUAAGGCUUUUUGGCUUUGUCUGUUCAAAAUGCUGUACAAGGUCCGACUAUAGGCCUGAAAAUUCUUGCGCAAGCCUAAAAAAUGUGUUAGUCGGCCACACAAUAAGUGGUGUUGCUUUAUGUACUCGAUAAUAUACUGUAAGCAGCUUUUCAUCUCGACAUGAGCUCAAGUAUUCCGACGUGUUUCAAAUCCCUCUUCAUCCACUAAUGCACUGUGGGCUCGUGGGAUUCACCCAUUUUUGUACAUUUUAUGCAAUGACUGGAAUCAUUAUUUCUUUCUCGUUUGUGUGUAUUUGGCAAUAAGUGGGAUGGAUGUACUUUUUGAAUCCAUAUCUGACUGCUAAGCUUGAGAAAAGGGAGUUUAUUGAAAGACCUCAGUUGUUGUGUCUCCUUCGGUGAGGCGAUAAACGGAGUUCUGAUCAAAUCGCUUGUCUCCGACUUUACUAUUUAUUUUGUUUAGCAUAUCCUGUACACACCGCAUGUUAUGACUUUGAAGGGAUAUCAAAUAAAAACUGAACUGUGUAAACA